UGUUUGAGCUUGUGUUGGAACUGGGAAGCCACGGUCAGGAUUUCCGAGGUAGCCUGGUGGAUGAUGGCCUGAGAGAGUAAAGUGGCUUAGGCCACACAGACAAGACUGAUUCUGGAAUCCUGGCUUACUCUGCAAGCUCAGGGAACCCUUGCACAAGCAGUUUCUGUCUGAGGAGAACAUGGCCACCCACUUCUCCCGACUCAGCCUACAUAAUGACCACCCCUACUGCAGUCCCCCUGUGACUUUUCCCCAAGCCCUGCCACCACUCAGGAGCCCUUGCCCAGAGCUGCUUCUCUGGCGCUAUCCCGGGAGCCUGAUCCCUGAGGCCCUCAGACUGCUGAGGCUGGGGGAUACUCCCAGUCCCUACUACCCUGCAUCCCCAGCUGGGGAUAUCAUGGAGCUCUAAGUGCUGAUGGCCAGUGUCCCUCCUCACCUUGUUCCUGACAACAAAGACCAGCAACCCCCAGAAAAGGAUGAGGUCCUUCCCCUGUAACAGGACAGAUGAUAAUCAAGCUCAGUGAUACCCUGAAUGGGAGGGGCAGCAGCUUGGAAAGGGGAAAGUAUCACCCCAUUAGUGAAUAAAGAUUUCUGAGCAAUUGAA